CCGGAUAAAUCUUGCGUCAUCUGUUAGUUGAUUUCGCGUUUUCCGUCUUCCCGAUCCUGUCAUACUGUUUAAAUAACCGACAUGUCAAACGUCAAAUUCGAUCAAAUCGCUAACAAAUUUUGUAGUGAUUUUUGUCAUGGCAUAUAAAAUCCGAAUUUUGCAAAUUAGAUCUUGCGGUUUAUUAUCAUUUCAAACAAUUUUCGCGGACUUGGCGCAAUCUUGUAUCAAGUAUGAUGUCCGCCACGAGUAAUUCCUCUCGCAAAGUCUGUUGCUUUUGCAACUUAACGGAAGACGAUGAACUGAAAUAUGGUAAAUUCUACGAGUAUAAUGGAAUUGUUACACAUUAUUAUUGUUUGCUCCUUUCUUCGAACAUGGAACAGAAAGGAAACGAUGACGAGGGUAUACUUGGAUUUCUGAUAGAAGACAUACAAAAGGAACUUCGCAGAGGAAAGAGAUUGACAUGUUCUUAUUGCAAAAAGAUUGGUGCUACUUUAGGCUGUUGUAAUGUAAGGUGUAGACGAACAUUUCAUUUCCCUUGCGGCUUGAAAGAUGGUUCAUUAUAUCAAUAUUUUGGAGAAUUUAGAUCAUAUUGUAUAAAUCAUAGACCAAAGCAACAAAUCGAUGAACAUAUUUUAAAACAGAUUAGUCCAUUAGAUAAUACAUUAUGUUAUAUUUGUUACAACAAGGUAAACCCCAUCGAUUUUGUAAAAACCUUAUGGGCCCCUUGUUGUAAAAAAAAUGCAUUCUUUCAUCAUAAAUGUAUUCAGCAACUUGCUUUAAGUACAGGAUAUUUCUUCAAGUGUCCUCUUUGUAAUAAUAAUAAAGAUUUUCAAAAUGCUAUGUUAGAAUAUGGCAUUUUUAUCCCAAAUCAGGAUGCAUCAUGGGAAUUGGAACCAAAUGCGUUUGAAGAGCUUUUAUAUAGACAUGAUCAAUGCGACGCAGUGAACUGUCUUUGUCCAAAGGGAAGGAAGCAUGUAAGCAGUAAUGCUAAAUGGGAAUUGAUAUUAUGUCAGACUUGUGGAUCGCAAGGUAUUCACAGGGCAUGCGGACAAUUAAAAUGGGCUGAUCCUGUAUGGGAAUGCACUGAAUGUACUUCCAUAUUAUAUAAUUCUAAAAGUAAUGAAGAUGCAAAAUCAGCAGACAGUAGUUCUGAUGAUUUGAGUAUAGAUUCUGAUUCAGAUUCAUAUAGUGAUACAGAUAUCUCGGUGGGAAUGGACUUUCCUAUGCCCUCUUCAUCAUCCAGUUUUAAUUCAUCUUCGAUGUCGUUGCCGGAUUUAAUUUCGGAUAUUAGAUUGCGUCCUGGUCCACGUUCUUUUAAGUUAAAACAACAACUGAUUAAAUGUUUGGAAUUAACACGUUCUCUUGGGAAGGAUAUAACUACUAAAGUUAACGAAGAUAUCAAUGCAUCACUAAAGAACAAUGAUAAAGAAAAUUCUUUAACAAAUAAUGAUAAUGAUUCUCUUUCCACUCCAAAAGAAAAACUGCUGUUUAGCAAUGAUGUAACAUCUCAACUAAUUCGAAAAGAAAUAGAUGUUGUCACAAUUGACAGUGAUGAUGAUGAUGAUGAUGAAAUUUUUACAGUAAAACGAAGAACAAAUCUUUUAACUCCGCUAUUGACAUCUCAAUCAAGUUUGCUUAAUGCAUCAUCAAAGAAUAUUAUUAAGUCAAAAUUAAACACAGUAGAAAAUUCAACAUCUAAAAAUUUAAAUGCAACAUCGACUUUAUUGGAAAAAGAUAACAUUAAGUCACACAAAUCUGCAUCAAAAUCAAAAAUUGUAAACAAAAAUGAAUCUAUCAUUUCUGAACAAUAUGAUGUAGCUUUGCGAGAAUUCAUGUCAGAUCUGAUUAUAAAGAAUGAUUUAAAUAAUGAUUUAGAUGACUUGAAUAUAGAUGGAAAUCCUUUUAUGAAUAUCAAUAAUACUGGUGCUACUUCUCAAUCACCAAAAGUGUUUAAAAGUGUACCUGAUCCAUUACAUGACAGUUCCUUUGAGGCUUCAUCUUCGACGUGUAAAUCGUUGGAGAAACUCGUCACAUACAUCUUGCCUUCGAAGCGUAUAUAUGAAGAAGAGAAUAAUGUUGUCAAUAAGUGUAAAAAAAUCAAAGGAUACAACGAAAAGUCUUGGGAAAAAAAAUCAUUGGCCUUCUGCAUUGUGUCUAAUGCAAACAAGCAGCAAAAUAGAAAAACAUCUCCAAUCAAGACCAAUGAGAUUUGUGAAAAUAAAAAUUCCUUGAAAUAUACAUCUAUAAACGAACUUUACAAUUUAUCAAUCAGUCGAAAGAAGAUAAAUUCAUCAAAUGAAUUCAUCAGAACGGAAAAGAUACGAGUGAACCAUUUGAUUAACGAUAAAAGCAAAUGCUUGAUUAGGAAGAAAGAGAAUUUAGAUUCUAUUAGAUCGAAAAUGUCUUCUCAUAACAAUACAUUUGAUAAUGGAAAAUGCACUUGUAGAAUUGGAUUUGGAUUAUCACCGAGAUAAUCUAAAAACAAAAUCUGAUCACAUUUGAGCAUUUCAUUGAUUCAGCAUAGAUGCAAUUACAAUUUCUCCCGACAAUGAAAAUAAUAACAAUGUUUUAAGCAAUAGACAGAGAAAAAUAAUAAUGUGGAUACUUCAUCCGAGAAAAAUUAUGUGUCAGACACAAGUAAUUUGGCAAAAAUUGAUUAUAUUAUUUUAUUAAUAUUAUUCCUGAAACUGAUUUUG